AUGUCCAACACAGAAUCCAGUACUAGUGCUGACUCUUGGCCCUCUGACUUUAAUGAUGGAGCUGAGAGCAAGCAAGGGUGUUCAUCGCUCAAGGAGCUCCACUCUGCAAAGUCACAAGGACUCCUGCCCUGGCCCAGACUGCAGAAAGGAGUUUUCCAACUUCAGAAUGACUACGUAAAGGACACCAAUAAGCUGCAGCUGUGUCUCAAGCGAAAAAGGUCACAGUACGAGUUGAAUAAUGCUCUGGACAAUUUGCCCCAGGGCGGUACCAAUCCAGGGAAGAAAGUAUCAUGGAAACAUGACAGACUCAAAAGGAAAUUUGGGUACCUAAUUGAUGAAAUUGUGGGUGUGUUAGAAGCUGUGAGUAGAAUUGAGGCGGCCAUCGGUACCCAAAACGCAAUCCUUAUUGAGACUCUUCUGGAGCAACAUGUAGUAGUAAUCACCAUAGCGCUGCCUUCCUUGUCAUGGGCUCGAUUGCCAAUUGCACUCUAUCUGGACCUGGACCACUGGCAAUCACAAUCGGCAUCCAAGACUCACUGGCCAGACAAAAAUUGGGCAGCGCCGGACAAGAUGAGUCAUGGGUCUCGCUGGUUGUGUAGAUCAGCUCCUAAAUGUGCUGCCAAGUUCAGGUGCGCUGGAGAAGCUCAUGAGUGCUCCAUUCAUGAUUAUGGGUACCAAUAUGCUCUGUUAAUGGUUCCAGAUGUGCUGGAGAAGCUCAUGAUUAUAGGUACUGAUGUGGCCGGGUCCACUGCUGAGUUUUGGGGACCUUGUACCCUGCUAUGA